AUGAUUGGGAAAUCUGCAUUGCCGAGGUGCUGGAGGAACAGGAAGGACCUCACGACACUGCCAGUUGUCUACACCAACCAGCACAAGGCGUGGAUGGACUCUAUCAUAUUUUUGGACUGGUUUGGGACGGUGUUUGUGCCCGAAGUGCAACGGCGUCAAGCGGCGGAUGGCAUCACAGGUCCUGUCGUCCUGAUUCUCGACAACGCUCCGUGCCACCCUGACGCCAGUAUUCUAAAUGACGUGGAACCAGGAUUUUCCGUCAUGUACAUGCCGCCCAACUGCACCAGCCCAAUACAACCGAUAGACCAGGGGGCCAUCGAGACCAUGAAGCGGCUGUACCGAAGGGGACUCCUCGCAGAACUGCUUCUGAAUGAGACCAACGACGGGCUGGACGUCACAAAGUUUCAGAAGAAGUUGACAGUCGACGACUGCAGCCGCCUCGCCUCCAAGGCCUGGAGUCAGGUCAAGGAAACCACCCUGGCCCGAGUGUGGCGAAAACUGUUGGGGGAGCAGCAUGGGGAAGAGACACCCACCCCACCCUCGUCGCCCGACGGGAUCCUGGAGCAGCUCGCGGCUGUCAACCCCGCCAUCACACCCAGUGACAUGACGGCUUGGCUGCAGGUGGACCAUGCUGACCCUGGUCAUGGUCUCAUGACCGAUGACGAAAUCCUGCAGGCUGCCCGGCGAGAAGACGUAGAGGACGAGGAGGAGGUCGACGACCCAUCCCCAACUUCCGCGGCUUCGCCCGCUGUCUCGGCGGCGGCGGCAGUAGUCACUGGUCCGUCAAAAGAGGAGGCACUGACUGGCUUUGACACGGUCGUAAAGUACCUGUCCACCAAAUCAGACCAACAAAGUCAGUAUUUACUUCGACAGUUUAAUAAACUCUUUACUCCCUUGAACAAUAAUUAA